CGCGAGCUGCAAACCCCAUAUCCGGGUUCCCGCCGCCGCCGCCGCCGCCGCCGCCGCCGCCGCCGCCUCGCUCAUUGAGCCUUACCGGGAGUGGUGAUUCCCAGCCAAGAUGGCGGCCGUGGGACGAGUCGGCUCGUUCGGUUCCUCUCCGCCGGGAUUAGCUUCGACUUCUGCGGGCGGACCUUUGGCCAACGAGCUAGCGUCCGGCAACGGCGGCGCUACAGCCGGCGACGACGAAGACGGGCAGAACCUUUGGUCAUGCAUCCUCAGCGAGGUCUCCACCCGCUCGCGCUCCAAGCUCCCCGCGGGGAAGAACGUGCUACUCUUGGGUGAAGAUGGAGCUGGAAAAACAAGCUUAAUAAGAAAAAUUCAAGGAAUAGAAGAGUAUAAGAAAGGAAGAGGAUUGGAAUAUUUGUACUUAAAUGUACAUGACGAAGACAGGGAUGAUCAAACAAGAUGUAAUGUAUGGAUCUUAGAUGGAGACCUGUAUCAUAAAGGGCUCCUUAAAUUUUCCCUGGAUGCCAUUUCUCUGAAGGACACUCUAGUUAUGCUGGUUGUUGAUAUGUCAAAGCCUUGGACUGCUUUGGAUUCUUUACAGAAAUGGGCAAGUGUUGUUAGAGAACAUGUUGACAAACUGAAAAUUCCUCCUGAAGAAAUGAAAGAAAUGGAACAAAAGUUGAUUAGAGACUUCCAAGAAUAUGUGGAGCCAGGAGAAGAAUUCCCAGCUUCUCCUCAGAGAAGAAGCACCACAUCACAGGAAGACAAAGAUGACAGUGUAGUUUUACCACUGGGUGCAGAUACACUUACACAUAACCUGGGCAUUCCAAUAAUAGUAGUUUGCACAAAGUGUGAUGCCAUCAGUGUAUUGGAGAAAGAACAUGACUACAGAGAUGAACAUUUUGAUUUCAUCCAGUCAUAUAUUCGGAAGUUUUGUUUACAGUAUGGUGCAGCACUUAUUUACACUUCAGUAAAAGAAAAUAAAAAUAUAGACUUAGUAUAUAAAUACAUCGUUCAGAAACUAUAUGGAUUUCCCUAUAAGAUUCCUGCUGUUGUUGUGGAAAAGGAUGCAGUAUUUAUUCCAGCAGGGUGGGAUAACGAUAAGAAAAUAGGAAUAUUACAUGAAAAUUUUCAGACAUUGAAAUCAGAAGAUAAUUUUGAAGACAUCAUAACUAAACCACCUGUCCGAAAGGAUGCUUCACCACGUGUCCCAGGAGGCUCCCCUCGAACACCAAACAGAUCUGUGUCAUCCAAUGUUGCCAGUGUGUCACCCAUCCCUGCUGGGUCAAAGAAAAUUGACCCAAACAUGAAAGCUGGAGCUACAAGUGAAGGUGUCCUGGCAAACUUUUUCAACAGUUUAUUGAGUAAAAAGACGGGCUGUCCUGGAGGGCCUGGUGCUGGUGGUGGCAGCCCUGGAGUCGGGGCUGCAGGUGGAGGCAGUGGCUUACCACCAACUGCCAAAAAAGCAGGCCAGAAGCCUGUUAUAUCAGAUGUCCAUGCAGAACUAGACAGAAUUACACGAAAACCAGUUUCAGUUUCUCCUACGACACCUACAUCUCCUACAGAAGGUGAAGCCUCUUGAAAAUAUCAAAUAAAGCCAUUUUUUUCAACCUUCUGGGAUAAUGUAAACUUGCCUCUGCUUUUUCCUUCAGAAGUGGAAUUAGGGAUCUGGGGUGCUUUGUACAGAUGGACUAAACAUGUCUUUUUGGUUUUGGUGGCUGCCCGUUUUUAUAAAAGAAGCUAUACACAGGAAGAACCAUUCUACGUUACGUAGAAUUGCUGUUUGCAGUGCCAUUUUGCAUAAAUAAUUUUGGAUUUUGGAAAUCUCAAAAUUUAUAGACCUAAAAUACAACCAUGUAAUCGUAUGCUAUAAAGGCUAUUUAAACCAUAUCGGAGGGCUUUGGAAAGGACAGAAAAUGCAGAGUUUGGGCAUUUGACUAACUUGGAAGUCCAAACCUUGUUAAGGUUAUUAAAAUAAUUUUAUAAUUU